UUGUUAGACCGACCGUUAUAAAACCGUGGGUCUCGAAUUGACAAAUAGAGCAAAUUUAAAAAAGUAACUUUGUCGAAGUCAAAUAACGUAGCAUCUCGUUUACAUUCGUCAGCGUGACACUUCCUUUUUAUCCUAAAAGAGAUAACCUCUACAAAUAGAACAACAUGACCGUGGAAAAAGUGAUGAGUCAGUGACGAGCGUGACCCUAUAUUGGAGAAGGGACUUUGCACUACAGAGUAUUGCUGGUCGUGUUUAACAGCUGACCUAGCAGUGAAUGAAGAGAAACUCUUUCGUCAGUUUUGUUGUUUGUUUAAUAAAUGAGCCAGUGUGAUAUAAAUUUCAAAAAUUAAUCGAAAUUACGUGCGCAAUAGUAAAUACGAUUUCUGUAUCUAGUUCAGCAAGACGUACCAGAACAAUUAGCAAAAAUGACAGAGGUGGGACAACAAUGUACGGAAAUAAAGCUCUCUGUACCUUGGGGUCAUGUCGCUGCCAAAACCUAUGGCUCUUCCGCAGGAAAGCCAGUCUUGGUAGUGCACGGCCGUCUGGAUAACGCAGGAUCUUUUAGCAGAUUGAUGAAGUAUUUACCAAACGAAUUGUUUUAUUAUGUAUGCAUAGACCUGCCUGGCCACGGAUGGUCGUCGCAUUUUCCAUCUUGGAUGAUGUUAGACAUUACAGAUUUCGUGCAUGCAUUAUAUUUCAUCUUGGAAGCGCUGCAGUGGGAAACGUGUAUUUAUAUAGGACACAGUUUCGGGGCGCAAAUAGGUUUAAUGUUCAGUGUUAUACACCCAAACAGAAUCAGGAAGUUAAUUGCUCUCGAUGGGAUUCUUAUGAAUUUUUAUGAAGUGGAUCAGGUAAAAUAUUUUAACAAAUCAUCUACAUUUUCAAUAAAAGCUGGUCGCGAUGAAAAACCACUGUCUUUCAAUAAGGAAGAAGUACUUCAUGCUCUUAAAUUUAUGAGGAUCGCAACUUUAAAUUCCGAAGCUGCUGAAGCGAUGUUCGAGCAUGCAGUUACGAAAGUAAAUGGGAGGUACAUAUAUAAUAGGGAUAUACGAUUAAAAAAUCACACUCUUUCAUAUAUGGACUUGAAGAUAUUUCAGAAGUUUAAUAACAAUCUUUCAAUUCCAAUAUAUCUCUUUCUCUCAUCUAACGGUAUUGUUCUUCAAUAUAAAGAACAUGAAUCAGUAUUGGAAAUAAUGAAAUCCAAAACCAUGUUGGAGAUAACUUACGUAGAUGGAGAUCAUGACGCUCAUAAUAAUAAUCCUGAAAAAGUUGCGCCAUUUAUAUGUAAAAUAUUGAAUAGCAAUAAUUCUAGUAAACUAUAGUGUGCACAAUUGUGUGCAUAUAUUAUAAGAUUGUCUAUUAAAAUUGGAAUUUUUUAUGGGAAAAAGUCGAUUACGUCUACCAAAAGCUUUUAGAAUAUUAUAAUAUAUGUAAAUGCAAAUAUAAGAUAUACAAUAAUAGACUAUUAUAAAUACUAUUUUACAAGGAAAUUUUGUGGAAUGAGUAAUAAAUGAUUCAAUAUAUUUUAAAUGUA